AGCGUGAGGCCGAGCGGGCUCUCCGUUUCCGGGGAGAGGAUGGCGACCGACUCGUGGGCGCUGGCGGUGGACGAGCAGGAGGCGGCCGCCGCGGCCUCGAGGACCGGGCCGCCCAGUCGCUGCUGAACAAGCUCAUCCGGAGCAAUUUGGUGGACAACACGAACCAGGUGGAGGUGCUGCAGAGGGACCCCAACUCCCCCCUCUACUCGGUCAAGUCUUUCGAAGAGCUGCGCCUGAAGCCCCAGCUGCUCCAGGGGGUCUACGCCUUGGGGUUCAACAGGCCCUCCAAGAUCCAGGAGAAUGCCCUGCCUAUGAUGCUGGCGGAGCCCCCACAGAACCUGAUUGCCCAGUCCCAGUCCGGCACCGGGAAGACGGCAGCCUUCGUCCUGGCCAUGCUCAGCCGGGUGGAGCCGGACCACAGAUAUCCCCAGUGCCUCUGCCUUUCCCCCACGUACGAGUUGGCCCUCCAGACCGGGAAGGUCAUCGAGCAGAUGGGCCGGUUCUACCCUGCGCUGAAGCUGGCCUACGCUGUCCGGGGCAACAAGCUGGAGCGUGGCCAGAAGAUCGCCGAACAGAUCGUCAUCGGCACGCCGGGCACCGUCCUGGACUGGUGUUCGAAGCUCAAAUUCAUCGACCCCAAGAAGAUCCGGGUCUUUGUCCUGGACGAGGCCGACGUCAUGAUCGCCACCCAGGGGCACCAGGACCAGAGCAUCCGCAUCCAGAGGAUGCUUCCCCGGGAUUGCCAGAUGCUGCUCUUCUCGGCCACCUUCGAGGACUCGGUGUGGAAGUUUGCCCAGAAGGUGGUUCCCGACCCCAACAUCAUCAAGCUGAAGAGGGAGGAGGAGACGCUGGACACCAUCAAGCAGUACUACGUGCUCUGCAGCAGCCGGGAGGAGAAGUUCCACGCCCUCUGCAACAUCUACGGGGCCAUCACCAUCGCCCAGGCCAUGAUCUUCUGCCACACCCGCAAGACGGCCGGGUGGCUGGCGGGGGAGCUGUCCAAAGAAGGCCACCAGGUGGCCCUCCUGAGCGGGGAGAUGAUGGUGGAGCAGCGGGCGGCCGUGAUCGAGCGCUUCAGGGAGGGCAAGGAGAAGGUCCUGGUCACCACCAACGUCUGCGCUCGAGGCAUAGACGUGGAGCAAGUCUCCGUGGUCAUCAACUUCGACCUCCCGGUGGACAAAGACGGGAACCCGGACAACGAGACCUACCUGCACCGCAUCGGCCGCACGGGGCGCUUCGGCAAGCGAGGCCUGGCCGUCAACAUGGUGGACAGCAAGCACAGCAUGAACAUCCUCAGCCGCAUCCAGGAGCAUUUCAACAAGAAGAUCCAUAAAUUGGAUACGGAUGAUUUGGAUGAGAUUGAGAAAAUUGCUAACUGAAGGGGUGGCCGAGGGGCUUUGGGGCGCCCGCCUUCCGCCCCGUGGCUGCCCACCCGAAAUGGACAGGCCAUCCUGACAGGCAAAUCUCCUCACCAGCCAAACGAGAAUUGGGGCGUUCCCUCCCCCCCACCGGAAAUCACAGGAGUUACCUCAUCCUCUCAAACCAACCAUGAAUGCGGCUGGACUUUUAAAUUUCCAAAUUAGCGCAAACUGGAGAACAGAAGACACGUUUCGCGAAGAAAUGUUUACAGUAACUUUUUACUUUUUUUUCCCUUUUAGUUUAGCCUUAAUGAGUGGGGGAACCUCUUCAAUUAUGGAAGUGAUGCCAAAAAAAAAAACAUAGCCAAUAAUUAGAAGGGAUUUUAAUGCCUGCUUUAUGGAGAGAGACGGCACUAAGAUUGAACAGACAAAUAUC